GCUUGUCUCCCUCCUCAUUAACCUCACUGUCGAAGUCAUUACAACCAUAUCAAAGCACAUAUCAAUUUAUUGACCACCCAUCAAAAUGUCUAUGUCUGCAAUUGUCAAAUCUGUCGCCUCUGGUGAUACCCUUGUACUUCGUGGACCACCUGGACCCAAUGGACAACCUCCCAAAGAACGCAUUCUUCAUCUCGCAGACAUCACCGCACCUCGCAUAGGUAGCGCUACCAGGGAAGAUGAACCCUGGGCCUACGAAUCCCGCGAAUUCCUACGCGCCCUUGCCGUCGGCAAACAAAUCCAUUUCCAUGUCACCCAUGCCCUCGGUCCUUCAAAUGAUGGCGGUCAGCGCGACAUCGGCACUGGUAUUGUCGGGGGAGCAGAUGUCGCUUCAGAAAUUCUAAAGAACGGCUGGGGGAAGGUAAAGGAGGGAAAGAGGGACGAAACUGAGGAGGACACUAAGCGCAAGGCGCUGGAGGCGACUGCGAAGGAGGAAGGGAAGGGACUGUGGAACCCAGAGGGGCCGAAGGAACGCAUUGUCAACUAUGCCAUGCCCAUCGAUCCAUACGCAUUCCUGACGGAGUGGAAGGGCAAGCCAAUUGAUUCUCUUGUCGAACAGGUCCGCGAUGGCGACCAUCUCCGCAUACGCUUGCUUCUCGCGGAUGACCAGCAUCAGUUCAUCAAUAUUUCUAUCGCCGGUAUACGCUGCCCACGCUCCACUCCUAAAGAAGGCGAAUCCGGUGAGGAGUACGGGAACGAGGCUCGCUUCUUCAGCGAGUCUCGCCUGCUACAGAGGCAUGUUAAGACAACUUUGCUCUCCCUCCCUGCACCUGCUGCAACACCGUUAAAUGCAACUGCGGCACCGGCACCGCCGUCUUACUUCAUUGGUGUUGUAGUACACCCUGUUGGUAAUAUUGCAGAGUUCCUUGUUCAGGCAGGACUUGCGCAUGUUGUGGGCUGGCAUGCUGGGAUGUUGUCUUCUCUGGGCAUUAUGGAACGUCUUCGUGCCGCCGAGGCAACCGCGAAACAGCAACGUAUCGGCGUUUAUAAGAGUGCUGCCCCCAUCGCCUCCUCAACCGCAACUGGUCAAUCAGCACGUUCCGAUGCCCGCAUAUUUGAAGGCCAAGUAAUCCGCAUAUGGACGGGUGACCAGAUCUCCGUAGUCGAAAAAGCAACCAACAAGGAGCGCAGGAUACAGCUAAGCUCAGUCAGGGCCGCGAGAGCGAACGAUCCGAAGCAAGCGCAUUGGGCGAAUGAGGCACGUGAGUUCCUCCGAAAGAAACUCAUCGGCAAGCAAGUGCGUGUCCAUGUUGACUACAUCCGACCGCCAGAGGGUGAAUAUGAGGAGCGUGAAUGCGCAACUCUCCGGGUUGGCGGUGGUAACGCGAAUGUCGCCGAGCAAUUGAUCGAGAAAGGCUUAGCGACCGCAAUGCGGCAUCGACGUGACGACGAGAACCGCUCUCCCGACUAUGACAAGUUCAUGGCGGCGGAGCAAGCUGCGGUUGCUGCUGCUCGCGGUCUGCAUUCAGCAAAGGAGGUUCCUCCUACUCGUAUUGGCAAUGCAUCGGAAACGCAUGCAAAAGCCGUCCAGUUCCUUUCUUCUUUCAAACGUUCCGGACGCAUCCCCGCGGUAGUGGAGUAUGUUGCAGCUGGCUCUCGAUUCAAACUUGUCCUUCCCAAAGAGAACCAGACUCUCACGCUGGUGCUCGGUGGGAUCCGCGCUCCUCGGACCGCUCGGAACCCUUCCGAGGCAAGUGAGCCCAGUGGACCGGAGGCUCUCGACUUCGCCAACCGUCGCUUCAUGCAACGCGAUGUUGAGGUGGAGUUUGACAAUGUGGACAAGUCUGGUGGAUUUAUCGGUACCAUGUGGGUCAACAAGACGGAGAAUGCGGGCUUAUCUCUCGUCCGCGAAGGAUUGGCAUCCGUGCAUGCGUAUUCUGCUGAGGGGCUAUCGUAUGCUCAGCAGCUGAUUGAUGCAGAGGCUGAGGCUAAGAAGGAAAAGAAACAUCUGUGGUCCAACCAUGUGGAUGAAGCGCCUGUACAACCUGAAGUAAAUGGUGAUUCAAAUGGAGAUGCCACGCCCCACACACCAGAGUAUCUUGACGUGAUGGUAUCCGACAUCCGGAGCAGCCCGACGGGUGCUGCCUUCUCCAUUCAGAUACUCAAGGAUGGAGGCAUUGCCGCGUUAGAGAAGUUGAUGAGUGAGUUCGCGAUCCAUAAUCGGACGGCAAGCUCCGCGCCCGGCUUUGCCCCAAAGAAAGGGGAUCUUGUUUCAGCCAAGUUCAGUGCUGAUGGACAAUGGUACCGGGCAAAGGUUGCACGCUCUUCUCCGGUGAAGAAGGAGGCAGAAAUUACAUUCAUUGAUUAUGGCAACCAAGAGACCGUAGCCUUCUCCCAGAUGCGCCCGUUGGACGGGAAAUUCAAAACGCUGCCCGCUCAGGCAACUGAUGCGCGUUUGAGCUUCGUGAAACUAGUUGGAUCAGAGAGUGAGUAUGGAGAAGAAGCCCUCCAGCGGUUCCAUAGCCUAUGCGAGGGACGUAAGCUCAUUGCUAUUACCGACUAUCGAGAAGGCCCCCUAUUACAUCUUCGUCUGAUUGAUCCCACCUCGGCAUCACUUACCGAUCCCUCCGCGUGCAUCAACGUGGACCUGGUUCGAGAAGGCCUAGCACAGGCCGACAAAAGUUGCAGAUAUCUGUCCUCGAACCCUACGAUUGGUAAGGCAAUCGCCGCUGCUGCGGACGAAGCAAGGCGAGAGCGGCUCGGCAUCUACGAGUACGGUGACGUUUCCGAGGACUGAUUUGUUGUGUUCCAUACUUGAGACGGGCGGCGGAGGGCGGAGAGACGCACCAAUGCUUACGUAAUGCUGAAUGCAUGACCAUGCCAAUCUGGAGUAUUGCGCCCAAUGCCCUGUAGUCAUCGUUAUCCAUCUGUGUUGCCUUCCUGGUAGCCGGACCAUCAAAAUGCAAAUGACAUGUCACAUGUUUGAAACAUUAUU